ACCCUCUGCUUCCUCCAAAAAAUAUCCAAAGAUGCCAAACUCUUCGAACCCGUCAUCCCCACUUGCCGAAGCUAUCUUAAGCACCGUCAUUCCUAUGUCCUCAUUAAGGGUGUGUUUAUCAUGUACAAUAUCUACCGCGAAUAUGAAUACCUGAGCUCAUAG